UGUACUGCUCUCUGUUGGUGGAGAAGUGUAAUAACAUAUUCAAUGGGAAAGGGUGCAGCGUUUAAGGAAGGAAAGCAGACUUGCAAACACUUAAAAGCAGACAGAAAUGGCAGACGAUGAGAAAUUACCGUCCGGAUGGGAAAAGCGAAUGAGUCGCAGUUCAAACAGGGUAUACUACUUCAACCACAUAACCAAUGCCAGUCAGUGGGAACGGCCGGUUGGCUCCGGUGACGGUCGAGGCGACCCUGACAAAGUGCGCUGCUCUCACCUGCUGGUGAAGCACAACCAGUCGAGACGGCCGGCGUCAUGGCGAGAGGAGAACAUCACCCGGAGCAAGGAAGAAGCAUUGGAGUUCAUUCAGAAAUACAUAGAGAAGAUCAAGUCAGGCGAGGAGAAGUUUGAGACUCUGGCCUCUCAGUUCAGUGACUGCAGCUCUGCCCGAAAUGGAGGAGACCUAGGCUUGUUUGGCCGAGGUCAGAUGCAGAAGCCAUUCGAGGAUGCUUCGUUCGCUCUUAAAGUGGGAGACAUGAGUGGUCCUGUGUUCACUGACUCCGGUGUUCACAUCAUCCUGCGGACUGGUUGAGGCUCUCCUGGGGGGCUGGGAAGGGGGGGAAUGCCCCCCGCCCCCCCACCCCAGCUGUUGGUGCAAUCCAACUCCUAUAACCUCUACACGAAAGGACUGUACAUUAUACAUCAACACACACACACACACUUACAUUUAUGAAUGCACUGCAUUUCCCCCCCCCCCGACAAAAAAGAAAGUGUCCAUUCGUCAUGACCGUUUCCAAUGGGAGAACAGGCUUUGUGUCCCUUGCAUCUUUCUUCUUGCCUUAUGAGUCCCAAAGCUCUCAUCUCAUCAAAUCAAAUGAAAUCCAAACCCUUCCUUUCCAGUUCAGCCUCUCCGGCCGUAGGGACCCCAUGGCACCAACUCGCUUCCCACCACCGCCAUUCUGCCUGCCUGGUGACCUCAAAUCAUUCCCAAACAAUGAGCAAUAGUGACGUCAUCAAAAAUCGGCCUCUCUCCACUUCGGUCCCAGUUGGCUGUAGUGACAUCAUCAAAAAGCGUUCUCUCUACACUCCCAGUCCCAGUUGGCUGCCUGACCGCGGACUCUGGUUUAAACCCGGGUCUGAUUGGCCAGAGUCUGUAAUGAUCUGUGCCAGCGCUGGUCCUGAUUUGGCAAACGUCUGGGCCACCGGCCACCUGGGACCGGGUCCUCCCCUCCUGUGUUGAGAAAGUGAUGUUUAAUAAUGAGGAUAAUAAAGUUGACUCGUCAUGUGACCAAAAGCCAGUGUCUGCCGGCUGUUCUUUAUAUAGUAUGGUACGUAGAGUAUGUACUACCUAAUGUUUAAGUUGAAGUGCAACAAUGUAUGGGAAAGAGUUAACCUUCCUAAAUAGUAAGAAGUGGAGGAAAUCUGUUUGACAACUGGAUGGGAGAAACCGUGUUUAUUGACUGCAAGAAAAAAUUAAUAUAAAAUCUCUAGCAACGGGUCCAAGUAAAUGGUUUAGUGACAGGUAAACUUAGUGUAACCGUACAGAAAAGCUCGGUGGUUUCAUUCUCCUAGGAGAACAAAGUCAUAUGGCUCUUCUAUUAGGAGGGUUUCCACUUCGACUUAAUUUAUCCAGGGUUUGUCACUUGUUAAGUAUUUUCUUUAGCGUGUUGGUUUAGGAAGGAGCCACCGGACGAAACGAUCGUUGUAAACUAGACAAGUUUUUACUGGCCAAUAGCAAUAGCAAAACGUAUUUUUCCAUUUGACAGUUGCUUGACCUUGCUGGCUGUCUGUUUUUUUCCAUUUGGCAAUUGUUUUUUUUAUUUAUCUUACACACUAAACCAUGAACUUGGAUU